ACACAAGAAACAGCGACACCAAAAAUGUUGGAACUCAGCCAAAGACUAGCUUUCCUCUACCCCUCCUACGUCCUAGCCAUAGUCUCGCUAGGCUACGUCUGCGGAGAACUAGGUCACUACCUCAUAGGCGUCACCAGCAAGGCCAUCGCACAAGAUCUCCACUUUGGUGACAUCGCCUGCCAACUGAACCUCACGGAUGUAUAUCUCAGCGAACUCCCUAUACUGUGUUCCACCGCAAAUGACUCCGAGACUUGCGAGUCGUAUGUUUUGAAUGGGACGAGGUAUUGCGAAUGGACCUACAAUGGGCUUGGGCUGGACUAUCAGAUUUUGGCCGGUCCCAGCUUCAUAGCUGUGUUCACCAUCGUCGGGGUUGUCAUGGGCUUUUUGGCCGAUAAAUUCAAUAGGGUGAAAAUGUUGGGUAUCUGCACAGUGGUUUUCGGGGUAGCUAUUAUCAUCAGCGGAGGUGUUACAGAAUAUUGGCAACUUGUCGUGUUAAGAAUGAUCAUGGCUGCAGGAGAAUCUGGAUGUAAUCCUUUAGCAACAGGAAUUCUGUCAGAUAUUUUUCCUGAGGAGAAAAGAGCUCUUGUGAUGUCCGUGUUCAACUGGGGAAUAUAUGGGGGUUAUGGUAUCGCUUUUCCGGUUGGUCGCUACGUUCCACAAAUGAACUCCUUUGAUUUGGGUUGGAGAGUCACCUACUACGGAGCAGGAAUCGUAGCCAUAAUCCUAGCUCUGCUAACAUGGUUCACGCUGAAGGAACCCGAACGUACUGCCAUAGGAGAAGCAGCGACGCAAAACGAGCAAGGAGACACUAAGAAAAUCACCAUCUGGGACGUCAUCAAAGAUCCAAGAGUCAUCCUCCUGUGUCUGGCCGCUUCAAUCAGGCAUUGCGGUGGAAUGUGUUUCGCUUACAACUGCGAUCUUUACUAUCAGACCUAUUUCCCAGAUUAUGAUUUAG